AUGGCUCCGACGAUUGUCGUCGUCGAUCACUUAAUCCUCACAACAACAUUCGUUGCUUCCCUUCUCGCGUUUCUGCUUCUCUUCUACAUCUUGCGUCGCCGGAGCAACGAGAAUUCAAAUCGGAGCAAAAUCAACGAAACCCUAAAAACGGUGAAAUCUUGUAAUGACGUCGAUAUUAUCAUCGUCGGUGCUGGUGUCGCCGGAGCCGCCCUUACUCAUACACUCGGCAAGGAAGGAAGAAGAGUUCAUGUUAUAGAAAGAGACUUAACAGAACAAGAUCGAAUAGUUGGUGAAUUGCUUCAACCAGGUGGUUACUUGAAGUUAAUCGAACUCGGGCUUGAAGAUUGUGUGAAGGAGAUUGAUGCACAAAGAGUUCUUGGUUAUGCUCUGUUUAAAGAUGGGAGACAUACUAAACUCUCUUACCCUUUGGAUCAGUUUGAUUCGGAUGUCGCGGGUCGUAGUUUUCACAAUGGGAGAUUUGUGCAGAGGAUGCGAGAAAAAGCUUCUUCACUUCCCAAUGUUCGAAUGGAGCAAGGAACAGUGACAUCGUUAGUCGAAGAAAACGGAGUAAUCAAAGGUGUUCAGUACAAAACAAAAGAAGGUCAAGAGCUUAAAGCAUUUGCACCUCUCACCAUUGUAUGUGAUGGUUGUUUCUCCAACUUGCGCCGCUCUCUCUGCAAACCUAAGGUGGAGGUUCCAUCGAAUUUCGUGGGACUCGUGUUGGAGAAUUGCGAGCUCCCGUUUCCGAAUCAUGGCCACGUUGUUCUCGGCGAUCCUUCACCUAUUUUAUUCUAUCCAAUAAGUAGCUCGGAAGUCCGUUGCUUGGUCGAUAUACCGGGUUCAAAACUUCCUUCAGUCGCAAGUGGCGAAAUGGCUAAACAUCUCAAAACAAACGUCGCACCUCAAGUACCGAUUCAAAUCCGCGAUGCGUUCAUUUCCGCUGUCGAAAAAGGUAAUAUAAGAACAAUGCCGAACCGAAGCAUGCCUGCUGAUCCAAUUCCUACACCUGGAGCUCUGCUUCUAGGCGAUGCGUUCAACAUGCGUCAUCCUCUAACCGGAGGCGGUAUGACAGUCGCAUUGUCCGAUAUUGUUAUCCUACGCGAUCUGUUAAACUCGCUAGUCGACUUAACCGACAAAGAAUCCUUAUCAAAAUACAUCGAAUCAUUCUACACAUUGCGGAAACCGGUUGCAUCCACUAUAAAUACGCUUGCGGGAGCUCUUUAUAAAGUGUUUCUAGCAUCACCAGAUGAUGCGAGGAGCGAAAUGCGUCGAGCUUGUUUCGAUUAUCUUAGCCUUGGAGGUGUUUGUUCGUCGGGACCUGUGGCUCUGCUCUCGGGUUUGAACCCGCGACCAAUGAGCCUUGUUCUUCAUUUCUUCGCGGUGGCGAUUUUCGGUGUUGGUCGUUUGCUAGUACCUCUUCCUUCCGUUAAAGGGCUAUGGCUCGGAGCCAGACUAAUCUCGAGUGCUUCAGGGAUUAUAUUUCCAAUAAUAAAAGCAGAAGGAGUGAGGCAAAUGUUCUUCCCUCGGACUAUACCUGCCAUUUACAGAGCUCCUCCUACUCCUUCUUCUUCUUCAACUCAAUGA